UAACGGAUUACGAAAAUAUAAUCUCCUCAUGGACUACUACGGGUUUGAUCCCUAUUUCUAUCAACAAAGAUUUGAAUCCAAAGGAGACCGUGGUUUAGCCGUGCGUGUUCUGCAGUUGUACAAAGAGGUACAUCACCCCCCUUUCCUCGAUAGCAAUGUCCUACAUAGGGUAGUACACCCCAACAAGAUAAUAAUUCGAUUCAAAAAAAAAGAAAAAAAAAGGAGAUACAUCGACAGAAAGUCAUUCUCUCGGUUGAUAUCGACGUGAAGGCAGGUCAAGAAGCCAAGCUUUCAAGUAUCCACGAGAGCCGCGGGUUAGAUGGACAUCGGAUCUUCUCCGCCUCUUCCAAGCUCGGGAUUGGACCACGGCGCCUUCGUUCCUUUCAAGCUUAUGUUUGGGAACAAGAUCGACGACGUGCCCGUCGUUCAAGUAUCUAUCGAGAGUUCUGACGACCCAGAACAGAAUUGGACAGUCAGAAAGGCUAUAUCGAAACUCAGAGAAGAAAGGACCAUCAUCCUAGCAGGCGGUCUGUCUGUCCACAAUCUUUAUGAUCGUAAACAUUUUUCAGAGAAGUUGGCGUUACCCAACGUGAAGAUGUUUGAUCUGGCAUUAACAGUAGCAGCAUCCCAGUUCCAUCUUGACGAACGGAAGCAGUCGCUGUUUGACCUCGUGAAACACGAUGGCUUCUCGCUGGCGCACCCCACGGCCGACCAUUUUGUUCCGCUGUACGUUGCAGCUGGCACAGGUGAGGAGGGAGGGGCUCAGGUCCUCGGCGUCACCUACGGUACUUCAGACGAUUGCAUUCGGCAUUUGAUCCUAUACACAUGUUUUGUACUACAAGCUAAAUUACACUGCGAAAUGAACAUUCCAAUCAUACAGUAUGAAUGA